AUGAAAAGCUCGAAUGCAAUAUGCAAGGGAGAGUUGAAACAAGAGAGAAUGGGAAAGCUUUGCAAAUUAUCAGGAGAAAUGAAUGUACAAAUUCUGACAAGAUUGCCUCCUAAAGCUCUGAUUCGAUUCAAAUGUGUUUGUAGGUCGCUCUGCAGUUUGAUUAAUAGUCCAAGCUUUGUAGCCAAGAACCUCUCUAAUGCGAUGGACAACAAAUUUGCUUCCCCUACUAGCAUACUUUUCAAGCGUACCGUGCUCAAAGACAAUUCCAUUACGGAUAAGAGAGAGAUUUUGAACAUAAUGAGUGACGGCAACACUGAUAAGAAGGAAGUGUUGCUCUCGUUGCUGAAUUUGAGCAACAACAUUGAUAGUGAGCACCAAAACCCUUGUUCCAUCCCUGAGGACCUUGUUCUUCCUUUUCCUAUGAAUAUUGAUCCCUGGAGCCUAAAAAUUGUAGGUCACUGUGACGGGAUUGUUUGUCUUACUUCCAAAGAUCAUGUUGUUCUAUGCAAUCCAGCUAUCAAGGAAUUCAAAUUUCUUCCCAAAUCUUAUCUUCUUCUCCCUCCCAAACAUCGAGAUGAUUAUGAUAAUGAAGAUGAUUAUUAUGAUGCAUUAGCAUCAAACCCAAUCGGUGUCGGAUUUGGUUAUGAUUCUAGAGGCGAAGUUUACAAGGUUGUUAGAGUUGUAGCAUUUUCGUCAGGAUACGUCUUUACUUCACAUCCUUCAAGAGCAGAGGUUUACACUUUGAGUGCUCAUUCUUGGAAAGAAAUCAACAUUGAUCCGGACACUUGUAUCAUGUGGACUCCUUCUUCUGAAAUAUACUGUAAGGGGUUCUUUUAUUGGAGCGGACUAACUUAUCCUACUCCAGGCAACGCAAAGGAUGUUAUCAUUUCAUUUGAAAUGAGCGGCGAAACAUUUCAUGAGAUAUCACUUCCAGAGAGUAUCGUUUUCGGUUCGGGAGUUUGUACGAGCCUUGCUGUGUGGAAAGGAUCCAUUGCCCUUUUAUCGUAUGAAUACGAAGAGAGAACUUCUAAACUCUUGCAUAUUUGGGUGAUGGAUGAUUGUGAUGGUCUUAAAAAUGUAUGGAGAAACUUGUUAUCUAUCGGACCUGUAGAAGGUGACAUUCCAUUAAUAUUUUGGAGAAGUGACGAGGUGCUAGUGGUUACCACUGAUGGGCGUGUAGUCUCAUAUAAUCUUAGUACCCAAGUGCACAAAUAUUUUCCUAUAUAUGGCAUUGAAGAUCACCAGUACAUUCAAGCUGUUGUUUAUGUAAAUAGUAUAAUUUCUUUCGGCGGAGAAAAUCAACUUAAAGACAUACAGUAG